GUAGAGACAAAGAGUGACCAGGCUCUUUGAUCACAGACAUACCGGCAGGAGGAGGUAAGCCUCAUAAAGGACAGUGAGCAGGAGAUUUAUAGGUAACAGAUGCAUCUCAACCACACGUACUUCAUCUGACUCUGACUUACAGAUGAAUCCGCUCAACCUCUGGAGACAUUCCACUGUAAUGUUGGAGAACAAUAUGUAAAGAAAAGUUCUUUAUCUUUUACCACUUUUAUCAAAUUUAAAUGUAUCUGAUUCAAAAUGUGUGAUUGGGUGUGGCUGUUUUUGCAUGUUUAAUCUUGGCCCUAGGUUAUUAGAUCUGUUUUCCAGUCAAUAUCACUUCUAUUUUGUAAGAUUCCACUGCAUCUCUGACCACUCUCUGACAGAAAGAUGGGGGUGUCUCCGAAGAAACCAGUUUAGAAUACUGCUACACCUUUUUUCUUACCUUUUUGCACUAGUCGUUUAUUGAAAUUAAAUACUUGGAGAUAUUGUAAGGUUGUAACUUUUGAAAGUAACACCAACAGAAAACCUUAAAAGAAAAAUGGGAGAAAAUAGAGGAAAUGUCACAUGCUCCUGCUAGUAUGUUUAUUUUUAUUUCUAUAGAGCUGUUAAUGUUUAGCUUCUUGGUUCUGGAAAGUCUGUCUGAACAUGGUUGAUAAGAGGUUUCCUUGGUUGCAGUUAGGACUCCUUCAGUCUCUAGAUGGGGCACUCUGCAAAGAGGUCCCUGCACUCCUUGCGCCCCCCAGUUUUCCAGUUUCUUUCCAGCGCGGGGACAGAGCCAGUCUUGGAUCGCUGGCUCUCGCUGUGAUCGCUGUGGCGGACCGUCCUCGGGAUGAACGCGUCUUUGUCUUCCUCACUCCUGAACCCGCAUCUGCGCCGCCGCACCUCCAUGCCUGACUCCUCCGCCACCUGGACCGUGCGCUUUCCCUCCGCGCCCGGCUGCUGCUGACUUGGAAAAACGAGAGGAAGAAGGAGAAAAAAAGAAGAAGAAGAAGACCCGACUGAGCAACAGCUCCAGGAUAAUAUAAUAAUAAAAAGAAAAACUGGAUAAAAUAGUUUUCAGUCUGAUUUUAACAUUCUCCUGCUCGCGUUUGAGAGAGAAGUCGGACGCUAUGGCCACCUUCUCGACGAGUCUUCUCUGGAUGCUCCUCUUGGCUCCAAACCUGAGAUGUGACGCUGAUCCAGGCCUUUCAGUGGAUGCAGAUGGUUUGGCUGAGGCUCAGAGUGGCGCUGCCCCCACGGCUGAAGGUAAUUUCUUGGAGUUCCAGGAGCCAGUCAACAACAUCACUCACUUCCAGGGCCAGACAGCCACACUGCACUGCAAAGUGACAGGAAACCCUCGACCGUCCAUCCGCUGGCUCAAGAACGACGCCCCCGUAGUUCAAGAGCAGGGCCGCAUAACCAUACGCAAGACAGAGGCAGGAUCCAAACUCCGCAUCCAGGACCUGGACACAACAGACACCGGCUACUAUCAGUGUGUGGCCUCCAACUCACUCAAGACCAUUACUGCUACAGGUGUCCUCUAUGUCAAACUAGGACAGAUGCCCACACGUGGCCCAGAUGAACCGUCACGUGAGAAAGGUUUCUGCCAGCCAUACCGAGGCAUCGCCUGUGCUCGAUUAAUCGGUAACCAGAGCAUCUACGUUGAGUCACUGCAGAUGCAGGGAGAGAGCGAAAACAGGAUCACAGCUGCCUUCACUAUGAUUGGCACCUCCACCCACCUGUCAGAUCAAUGCUCCAGUUUUGCCAUCCCGUCCUUCUGCUACUAUGUCUUCCCUCUGUGUGAUGAGGGCUCCAGGGGCCCUCGGCGGCGUCAGCUCUGUCGGGAUGAAUGCGAGGCCCUGGAGAACGACUUGUGUCACGCCGAGUACACCAUAGCUCGAUCCAACCCCAUGAUCCUCAUGCAGCUUGAGCUCCCUAACUGCCGCUUGCUGCCACGGCCUGGCACACCUGAUGCUGCUUCCUGUAUGAGGAUUGGAGUGCCGCCAGAAAAACUAGGCUCAGAUUCUCCCCCAGAUCACAGCUGCUUCAAUGGAAGUGGGGCUGACUAUAAAGGCACAUUGAGCAUCACUAAAUCUGGUCACCAUUGCCAGCCGUGGAGCGCCCAGUACCCUCACAGUCACCACCUGUUACAGGACUACCCUGAGCUGUGGGGAAGCCACAACUUUUGCCGUAACCCAGGAGGCCAGAUGCAAGCGCCCUGGUGCUUCACCCUGGACCCUCAAGUCAGGGUGGACCUUUGUGAUAUCCAACCCUGCAAGCCUCCAGAAAACCCUAGGAAGGAGAUUCUGUUCAUUCUGAUCCCAGCGAUUGCCAUCCCACUGGUCAUCGCUUGCCUCUUCUUUCUGGUUUGCAUGUGUCGGAAUAAACAAAAGGCUUCAACUGACACGCCUCCUCGCUGCCAGAUCAACAGCUCACCCAACCAGGACAUGGAGCUGUCUCUCCUCAGUCAGCAAAAACACCAGGCCAAGCUACGGGAGAUUAACAUGUCAGCAGUACGAUUUAUGGAGGAGCUUGGUGAGGAUCGGUUUGGAAAGGUUUACAAGGGCCACCUGUAUGGCACAGCACCUGGAGAGCAGACCCAGGUGGUGGCCAUCAAGACUUUAAAAGACAAGGUUGAUACUGCACUGUGUGAGGAAUUUCGCCAUGAAGCUAUGCUCCGCUCUCACCUGCAGCACCAAAAUAUUGUGUGUUUGCUUGGUGUAGUCACCAAAGAGCAGCCAAUGAGCAUGAUAUUUACCUGUUCCAGCCUUGGUGAUCUGCAUGAGUAUUUGGUGAUGCGUUCCCCCAACUCAGAUGUAAGCAGCUCAGAUGAUGACAAAACAGUCAAAUCAACAUUGGAGCAGGCUGAUUUCCUUCAUGUCAUCACCCAGGUUGCGGCUGGAAUGGAGUAUCUUUCCAGCCAUCAAGUAGUCCAUAAAGACCUUGCUGCUCGAAACAUUCUGGUCUUUGACAAACUCAGUGUCAAGAUCCUGGAUCUGGGCUUGUUUAGAGACGUCUACUCUGCUGAUUACUACAAUCUCAUGGGGACAAACCCUUUCCCUAUUCGGUGGAUGUCUCCAGAAGCUAUCAUGUAUGGCAAGUUCUCCAACGACUCUGACAUCUGGUCUUAUGGUGUGCUGCUGUGGGAGACAUUCAGUUAUGGUCUUCAGCCUUACUGUGGCUACUCCAACCAGGAUGUGAUUGAGAUGGUGCGCAGCCACCAGCUACUGUCUUGUCCAGAUGACUGCCCAGCCUGGAUUUAUACCCUCAUGCUGGAGUGUUGGAGUGAAUUCCCAGCAAGAAGGCCUCGCUUUAAAGACAUCCAUGCACGUCUGCGUUCCUGGGAGAGCCUGUCCAACUACAACAGCUCUGCCCAGACUUCCGGCACCAGCAACACUACCCAGACCAGCUCUCUCAGUACCAGCCCUGUAAGCAACAUCAGCAUGAGCACAGCAAAUGCAUCACGCUACACUAGCCCUAAAAAGAGCUCACCAUUCCAUCAGCCUCAGUUCAUGCCAAUGAAGGGUCAGAUGCAUCGGCCAAUGGUGCCCCCGCAACUCUACAUCCCUGUCAAUGGAUAUCACCCCAUGCCAGCCUAUCCUUACCUACAGAACUUUUACCCGAUGCAAAUACCAAUGGCGAUGCCUCACCAGCAGAUGCACCACCAACCACAAAUGGUCCCCAAAGCUGGCUCUCACCAUAGUGGAAGUGGAUCCACAUCUACAGGGUAUGUCACCACUGCCCCUUCCAACACUUCUGCCACAGAGCGAGUGGCUUUGCUAAAUGAGGACUCCAAGACCAAUGGUGAUGGCUUGGCGUCCCAGGAAGACCUAAACCCAAACGAGGACUUGUCAGUGCCUGAAACAGAAUUGCUAGGUGACAAUGAGGCUACUCAGACUGACGAAUUGGUGAUCCACUUGUCAGACACAUAAGUGCAGUGUCGAUUUAAAGGACAGUGAGGCUGAAAUAUUUUGUGAGCUGUGCUUGCUUGCCAACAAUUCAAUGAGCAGCAAAAAGUGAAGGGAGCAAUUUUGCAGUGACUGAAUGUUUUUUUAUGAUUAUAUGUUUUUUGUUUUUUUAAGAUGCACUUGAAUGUCAAGUGUCGUAUUUGUACCUCUCAAACCCCUGUGUCAGUGAUUAAGAAAAAUGAAUCAUCCAAUUCCUCUUUAGACCUCGCUUUUAUUAUGUUGCCAUUCAGAAGAUUUUAUGUUCUUGCCGUUGCUGUGCAACAUAAAACGUUUUCUUAUAACUUAAGCAAAGUACUUUAAAGGGUUCCUUCCAUUGAUAUACUCCUCUGGUGGUGCUACCAGCUGUUUUGUAAGGGAGAGGUUUGUGCUACCAAUGCUCAAUCUCCCAUCUUGGAUAUCAUACUCCUUUAUACAAGUAUCUUGGCUGACAAAUAUGAACUGCUAGUUUGACUAAAAGUGUAGUUUUCUACAGGACCAAGGUUGAGGUAUUGCUAACCCAGAACUAAAAAGAUGUUUCUAUAGUGUUGAAGUAUUUUGCUUCCUUGCAACUCUUGUGCCCCUUAAUAACAACUGUUACGUUGUUUUUGAAGUCAUUAUUCUGGGGUUGGUGAAAACCACAAUCCUAGAAUGUGAAAAUGUGUGAUGAAUAUAAAUGAUGUAAAAUGAGGUUUGAAAUAAACUGUCUCUAAGUAACUUUGUUAAUGAUUAAAACUCACUGAGAUGUAUUUUGAAACGCUAUCACUCAAAACCAUAAAUUUAAGACCAGAAACUUUUUUAUUUUCAGGCCAGUGACAAAAGUUUUACUGCACAUGACAUUUCAGUGGAGUCGAUGCAUUUAACAUCAAUUGCAUUAUCCAAGUUGUAUAGAUGUGUAAUUGAUGUACUUUUGUUUGAACAUUGUAUUUGUUUAUAGUUUUUCUUUAUCGGUAAAGAUUGCUAAACUUGGUGUUAAUACAGUGUUUUAUGUUUUUUUUUCUCACCACAUUUGUUUGUUUAAGCAUUUUUUUUGCUUACCAUAUACUGAAGUAUCUAAUAAAGUCAUAUGAAUAAAAUAUUGUAUUUCACACUGGUUAAAUCAUC